AUGCCAUCAAGUUCUUUGCGCCUCGCCAUCACGUUGGCGCUGUCCAUCUGCAGCAGUGCCCUAUCGAGCCAGAGAGAUGAUUCAUCCGUGGUUCCCUUUCCUUUUGACCAUCUUGAGGAUGUUCAUGUUGUCAAGCGGGACAGCCUCAAGACAUUAGAAGCUCCGCUAGUGAUAUAUGGCGACAGCUACUGGAUGAAUGCCUCGAUCGGAACACCUCCGCAGUCACUAAGUUUCCUGCUUGAUCUUACGCGCUCAAGAGUCGAGCCCGCAUACACCCUCGAUGAGGACUACACCUGUUCCGACGAUGAACUCUGCUCGGAAUUCGGCUUCUACAAACCUACCGAUUCAUCCACCUAUCAGCACCUCACCUACACACAGAAACACGAUGCAGGCGUCGACUACACCUACUCCGAUACCAUAACACUUGGAGACCACGCAGCUGACCAGGUCCCACUGGACAUGUACCUUUUGUCCUACACUUCUUACAGCACCCUCGGCCUCUCCUCCGUCAACACCAGCUUUCCCUACAUCCUCGUUGACCGCGGCCUGUCCACCUCCCCCUCCUUCAGCCUAAUCGGCGACAAUGGCAACACCACCACCCCCAGCAUUAUCUUCGGAGGCAUCAACACCUCCAAAUUCAACGGGCCCCUACAAGCCUUCUCCUUUGCCGACCACACCAUUACCAACAACCCAUUUGUUACUCUCGAAGCCGACUCCAUCCAACUAACUACCAAUACCAACGACACUUCAACCUACCCCAUCCCCUCCUCGACCCCCAUGAUGCUCAGGACCGACGAACUAAUCACCUACCUCCCCAACUCAACCGUCCAAUCCCUCUACAACGACCUGAACAUAACCACAGACGGCGUAAUUUCCAGUUCAAGAUUCUACGGCGUCGUCCCCUGCUCCCGCCAGGAUACUGAAUUUCACACGAUCUCCCUGAUCAUUGGAAAUAUGACCUUCUCUGUAGGCUGGGAUGAGCUCUUCGUCCCCUGGACGCGUGACGGACUGUGCAAGUUCGGUAUCCAGGCCCAGGAGUCAGAUUACAGGACCCAUGCAGAGUUGGGUGUUCCCUUUGUGAGAAGGAUGUAUGUCGCUGUGGAUUAUAAUAAUCAGUUUGUUGGGGUUGCGACGCUGAAAGAUGAUGAUGAUCAGGAUGAGGGUGAAGAUGAGGUUGUGGAAAUUGGCACUGGAACAGCGUUGCCUAGUGCUGUCGGGGAUUGGCCGGCCAGUGUUACGGCGUAUACUCCUGCAGCUUCGACGGGGACGGCUGCUGCCACGUUGACAUUUACGACGGCGACGUCGAGUGGUGGAGGUGUGGUGCCGACGGGUCUAUCAGAGAUGGGGAGGGCGUUGUUGGUGCCCGGAGUGUUGGGAAUGGCUGUUUUGCAGGCUGUCUAG